AUGUUCUGCCUUAGGUUCACGAUGUCUGACAGAAAGGCUGUAAUCAAGAAUGCGGACAUGUCCGAGGACAUGCAGCAGGACGCCGUGGACUGUGCUACACAGGCGAUGGAGAAGUACAACAUAGAAAAGGACAUUGCAGCAUAUAUAAAGAAGGAAUUUGACAAGAAAUACAACCCAACCUGGCACUGCAUUGUUGGCAGAAACUUUGGCAGCUAUGUAACACACGAAACAAAGCAUUUCAUCUAUUUUUACUUGGGUCAGGUUGCAAUUCUUCUCUUCAAGUCUGGAUAGGUAGUAGGAGCAAGUGAAAUUUGGACUGUAAUGCACUGAUGGCUGAAGCCACGACUCCCUUUAACAUGGCUAUGCCGCUGCAUGGACUGUAUACUAUAUUUAAUGUGUAUAUGUUGCAGUAAAAAUCUACUUCUGUUUAGUUGCCUGGGAAGAAGGCGGCAUUUUUUGUUACUGCUUUUUUUUGGUUGUAUUGCACUAGGAAACCUGUAAAUGCUUAAACAAUGGCCUUUACGUGGGAAGAAAUAAAACUAUUCCACAACAGCUCCCUCGGUAGUAACUCCUUCUUUGAGGCUGGGAAGAGUUCUUUGGGCAGGCCAAAAGACCCUGACUUCCUUACUGAGUUUUAUUAGACUGUUAAUCUUGUAACGAGGAGCAAAGCCAGUGUGAGCCUCUGUACCCACCCCGCAGACUGUUGAGAGCUGGCUCUCCCAGUAGCCUCAGUGCAGGUACUUAGACCUUCCCUGAAAGCUGGUGGGGUGGCUCUUGAUUCCAUGGCUUUCACACACAAGUUGAACUCCACCUUGGACUGUGAUAAACAGACUUGCAGCUGGCACCCUCGGUGUUCUCUUUUAGUGCCCAUCGUGUGUUUUUUGGCUCCGCUGAUACAUUAACCUAGACUUGCAAGUAACUCAGCCUGGUCUAGAAGACUUCAACAAACAUCCCUCUGAGCUGCUGCUUGCUGCAGAAAGCAGCAUCCUGUGGCUGAAGUCUUUAGACCUUGAUGCUGAGAUCUAAAGCCACGUGGCCAGUCCCUGAAAUGGAGUAGGAUAUCAAAUUGGUGACUGCUGACAGCAGCUCUAUUUGGCAUGUUCUUAGCCAGUUGUCUCAACACUGCCUUAACUUGAUGCUCUCCUUAAAGCAAGCUAGUCAUGUGGAAGACUUGUAAGUGGCCACUGUCUCCUUUUUUUUGUUUUCUGUAGCUGAUAAGCUAUUUCUGGAGGACUGUCCUCCAUGUUCUGAUAUCUGCUUUUGUUCUUAAAGCACAGUACCAAGAAGUUAAAUUUACAUGUGAUGUUUGUGUGAAGGAAAUCCAUGUGACAUCUGCUUUGAAGGCAGACAAAUGUCUUGGUCUCCAAUUUGUCUUAGUAUGUGCUGACUCUUGGAUUACACUGCAGGAAGUUCUUUUUAUCUGGGUGUGGAGAAAUGCUGUGUGAUGGCAAGUAAAUACCUGGUGCUUGCCAUAAGGUCUAUUUGUUGGUUUGCUAACUAAUGCAUAGACAAUAUCACUGGGGCUGAUGAGCUUAACUGGUGUCUCUGAGAUGAAUUUGGUGUUGGUGAUAAAUCACUGCUGGGGGGAAAGGGCCGAGUGAAGGGAGCUCUUCAUUGGGAAAUGACUUAAUGACCCAGGUUGACUACUUCCUGAAGUAAAAGUCCUUCUUGUCUCUGUGCAAAAUCCAAAGUAUGCCUAAUUUUGUAAUAUUGAUAGAACAAUAUUGUAAUUAGAAAGAAUGUAGCUGUCAUAACUUCAUGUUGAUGGAAAUGUCUGCACUGGGGUAAUGUGCCUUGGACUGUCUGGGGCACUUUUGUGGUCUUGUCUGUUCAGAACUCCGCUCUGGAUCUGAAAGGAGAAUGUUUUGGGUUUGUGUUUUUCCAAGCAUGAGUCUAAUGUGAACCUGUUCACGGUCUCUUGUGGAGCAAGAUCUGUUCCCUUCAUAACUGCAAUGGCUCAAAUACCAUUUAUUUUUUUCAAACAUUAAAGGUGAAUUGACACAUUUAAA